AUGGAUCAACAAAUUUUGUGUCGUGAAUGUAAAUAUCCUAUUACUGGAUGUGGUUAUAAAUGUGUUACAUGCAGUGAUUUUUUCGAAACAGAAAUAUUCUUUUGUCAACAUUGCUUUUGUAUUCAUCAUAAGGGAAAAUCGCAGCAUAAAUCAGAAUCCAUUGAUUAUACACAAAAAACAAAUAUUCAAUUAAUCAAUUCAAUUAUUGAAUUCGAGCAAAAUCAUCUUUCAAUUAUAAAUGGCGCAUCAAAACUUUUUCCUUUUGCGGCUCAAGGUUGUACCGUAUGGAAAAUAAAUCAUUUCUCCAACAUACCGUAUCCAUCAUCAAAUGAAAUUCUAUUCAAGAAUAGUAUUCCAUUUGUUUGUGACUAUUUAAGAAUGAAUAAUUCAUUGAAACAUCUCAUUGAUGAAAUUAAUAUAAAAAUAUCUUCGACAGAUGUUAUCAUUACAAUUCUUAAAUAUGCAUCAUUUGAUAUAAGAACAUUAAUUAUUCAACAACUUUGUAUGUUUCAACGAGCAAUUCCAAUUUAUUUUGGUGUGCCAUCUCCUAUUGGUUCAUCAAUUAUCUUUUAUUUUCUAAUGCAAGAAAUGGUACAUGCUUUUCUUCCAUAUAUUUAUCAACAACUUCCAUUCAUUUUAUCAUUUGGUACUCGAUGA